AUGGAGGAUAAAGCAUCGGCGGCCAAUGGGGCUGUCAGGUGCACCUCAAGCAAGCGUCCACUCUCUGGUCGCCUCAACUUUCUGAUCAUCUCCAUUCUAAUCAUCUUCAUCGCAUCGUUGGUCGCCUACCUGGUCAAGUAUGAUUCGCUGCUCUUGAAUGGCAAAACAGAUGAUUCACUACCAACUAUCGCGAAAAAGUCAAAAACCCCAGCAGCUAAAGCGCACACCACUGACAUUGAUGCAAAGGUGCAGCAAGCUUCUCAAAUGGUGCGGUUCAUUGAUCAUCUCCUCGAAUCUAAUUUGGAUGAUACGGUGAGUUUUGAAUUUAAUGAAAAGAAGUCCAUACUAAAGGAGUCAUUUUCAGAGCUUGAUCGUGAAGGAUUAGAUAAAGACUGUCCUACAAACUCGCCGAAAGCAUUGUCAGAGCUUGACCGAACUCUUUCCAAGGGUAACGUUGAUGCCCUAAAUGUACUUUUUGAGUGUUCGCGUGAUGACAGCGAAGAUUCACAAUAUUACGACUUGAUACUCAAUCCAGAACGAUUCACAGGGUACGAUGGAUACCAGAUUUGGAAGGCAAUUUAUGAAGAAAACUGUUUUCCUGAAAGAGAAAGCAACAUAUUUUCAUCGCUUGAGAAGCGCUGCUACGAAGAAAGAGUUUUCUAUCGAAGCAUCUCGGGUCUGCACACUUCCAUUACCACUCACCUCACUUCACUUCACCACAAGUUUAACAAUCAAUUCGGCCAUGACCCGCACGAAUACUAUAAACGGUUUUUUGGUAAUUCUGCUUAUUUAAAAAAUUUGUUUUUUGUGUACCUCAUUGAGCUGCGUGCACUGUACAAGAGUCAACCAUAUCUGUUGGAUAAAAUUAAAUGGAAAAUGGUUGGCGACAAAGCUGAAGCGCGUGAUGCGAUCAAGGAUUUGCUUAAAACUGACAAACUCUUCAAGUGGCACUUUGACGAGAAUGUCUUGUUUACGAAUGAGCCGAAGCCAUUAGCUCAACAACUGGCCGCACACUUUCACAACAUCACCUUCAACAUCAUGGACUGCGUCUCUUGUGACAAGUGCCGCUUGUGGGGAAAAGUGCAAACAAAUGGUUUAGGAACUGCCUUCAAAAUUUUACUAACAAAAGAUAUCAACCAGCUACGGCUAAGUCACCACGAGAUCACCUGUCUUCUCAACUCCCUUGCUCGUCUCUCGCACAGUAUAAAUGCCAUUGACGAGUUUCGCAAUAUAUUCCACGGUAUAGCAACCAAUCAGCCCAGUGCAGCGGGCGUCAAGUCCAGUCAGGAGAAGAACAACCAAAACUUUAUGAACUUUUUGUAG